AUGAAGGGUUGUCUGUUCGCUCCACCAAAUUGCCGUCCAGGACAAGAUUGUCAAAUCCAGUUCAGUUAUCAGGUCGAUGGGACUAAUUUGGCGAUGGAGCUGUCUGGCACGCCACCGGCAGCAAACGGCUACGUUGCUGUCGGUUUUUCAAAGGACGAUAAGAUG